CAGGUAUUAUGCUUCUAUAAACGAAAAUAUUCUCUGACUGUCAUCGUACAUUGGCACAGUCUUGGUUUUGUUCAAAACGAAGAUUUCGGGCCGGAAUAAUUGCCAUUCACCUUCACCUUCACUUUCACUUCAACUUCUCAAAGCGGGCAAAGGUACACCUUAGUGUCUUGGCGCACCCACAAACGCGUCAGUAUAAACACUCACUUCUACUAGUAUUUGAAGCGGUACCCAUACCUCGCAAUCCCUGACAGCCCAGCUGUACACAUCUACACAAUGGUCUAUAAAGGGUCCGACAGUUUCUCGCAUGUCCCAAGCGAUCCGCUGAGGGCUUACGAGACUUACGGCGGUGAAUCAAGAAGAUGUAAGUUCGAUGACAACCACUUCUUUCAUGACCACGCGUCGUAUAUAAUACAACGACUGACCGAGACAGCUUCGACAACUUCCAUCGGCAACUCCUACGGACUUCCCCCUUCGCCUGGAAUGGCAUCCGCAUUGUCCUUUGAUACCCCGACACCAGUCACCCCAGCUACUAAGAAACGUAGGCUGGAAGAGCCUGGCGCAGACAUCGACGCCGGCGGACAACACCAAGAGCGGCUACCGUUCAGUGAACCCGACCACAAGACACCCAAGGACUGGCAGAGCUCAUAUCGUGAGGCCAAGCUAGCCUACCUCAACGCGAAGGAAGACACUCUGACGCUGAAGGGUUGCCUUCUCGCGAAGGAUACACAGCUAGUCGAGAAGGAUCAAAAGCUUGUGGAUAAGGAUCGUAUGCUUGUGGAUAAGAAUCAGAAGAUCGUCCAGCUCAGGCAGGAUGCGACUCGCGUCAGAGAGAUCACAAACCAACGUGACAAGACUAUCAACGAGCUCGAGCGCGAAAACCAGUACCUGAAGAUCAAGCUCGCACACGAGCAAGCUGUACACACCCACUUGCACCAGUUCAUCGCCAGCAUGGCCCCAGAGCGCCGCCCUCAUAUACCUUCGCACAUCCCCUCGCUUGAUGCGGCAGUGCGUGACAGCCUUGACUAUCCUCAUCCGGACGCGCCACGCAAGGGUCUCAAGAACUAUCGUCGCUUUCAACCAACUCUUCCAUAUACGGCUGGAAAUGGCAAGGUCGGACCUCAAAAGUACGGCUCCAACGCGUUCUGGGAUCUAGGCUUAUGCCACGAUCACUUUCACACUCCCAAUGUCUGUCAGCAUGGAGUUGCAUGCGAGUAUCGCCAUGGUCUCACAUAUGAAGAGCGCGCGUACAUCCGCUUUUUGACCAAGGGCGAUGAGUUUCUACGCCGUAGCGACGAGGUCAUCAUGCGCAAGACCGCGGGAGGAGCAGCAUAGAUGAAGGGUGGAGGUGAGAUUGGCAUCGGUCGAAGGAUUGGAUGGCUUUUACGAUUGGUAUCAGGCAGGAGACGUACUUAGGGU